GAAUUAUGAUCUGGGUGGAGUGCGCGUUUCCACCGAAGCCACACGCACGCACGCACGCACGCACGCACGCGCAGAGUGUGUGUUAGGCGACGUCAGAAGGGGAUUAAAGGAUGUGGGUUAUCCCUGAAAUAUCCACGGCGGCUGCGUGCAUCUGAUGCGUCGAGCGGACUCUUUUGGAGGCUGCAAACAGCCGCUCGCAUGGCCGAAUUUAUUUGUGUGCUUCGUUUUGUUGCGUGAAAUAUUGCAACAUAAUAUAAUAAGAAAGCGGAAGAGGAGCAGGACGAGGAGGUGGACGCCGGUGAGUGAGCGCUCCGAGCCGCGGAUGUGCAGCUGAGCUCGGGCAUCUUUCCCGUCGGGAGGCGGCGGCGGCGGCGGCGGCGGCGGCGGAGGAUGGUGCCCGGGAGCGGAACCGGCAUGCUCCCGGCCUCGGAGGCAGCCAAGAUCUACCAGACCAACUACGUGCGCAACUCCCGCGCCAUCGGCGUGCUGUGGGCCAUCUUCACCAUCCUGUUCGCCAUCGUCAACGUGGUGUGCUUCAUCCAGCCCUACUGGAUCGGCGACGGCGACAACACCCCGCAGUCGGGCUACUUCGGCCUCUUCCACUACUGCAUCGGCAGCGGCCUGUCGCGGGAGCUGACGUGCCAGGGCAGCUUCGCCGAGUUCUCCAGCAUCCCGUCGGGCGCCUUCAAGGCCGCCGCGUUCUUCAUCGCCACCUCCAUGGUGCUGGUACUGGGCUGCAUCGGAUGUUUCGCCCUCUUCUUCUUCUGUGGCACCGGAACCGUCUACAAGAUCUGUGGCUGGAUGCAGCUGGCUGCAGGCACGUGUCUGAUCCUGGGCUGCAUGAUCUACCCGGACGGCUGGGACAGCGACGAGGUGAAGCGCAUGUGCGGCGAGCAGACGGGCAAGUACGCGCUGGGCGCCUGCUCUCUGCGCUGGGCCUACAUCCUGGCCAUUAUGGGCAUCAUGGACGCCCUGGUCCUCUCCUUCCUCGCCUUCGUGCUGGGCAACCGCCAGGACAGCCUCGCGGCCGACGAACUGCUGGCAGACAAGAGCUCGAACAACGCCAUAUAAAAUGCAAGCCAACCUCCACAUCCGCCCAAGAGGCCGAGACGAUGGAAAAAGGUCCGAAUCCUUCGAGUGGACUCGGAACUCGGAACAUUUCAUCCGUCAAACAUUAUUUACCUCGGACUGACUGCUUUUUGGACAGUUUUAUUUUUUUCAUGUGCUGUUGGCGGAUGAGAUGUCGUCCAAGCAGAAGUCAAGGACCUCCCACCCACGGGAAUAACAAGACUUUUUUUUUUUUUUUAAUGGACCCAAUUCAUGCUGUAAUCUGCCAUUUUGCUAUUCUUAAAUGUUUGAUGUGGUUACUUGACAAUUUUAAAUUUAACUAAAGAUAAUGAUACGAUGUGUAGCUGUAACGUAUGCGCCUGACAGCCACACACGCAAAACCCCUGAAAAAAAUUACGGGGGGAAAACAAUAAAACAAAUAACGUUUGCUAACACGACUCAUCUACCUCUCCGUUCAGUCACGAUGCUUUGUUUUUGUGACAUAUCCGUGUACAGGUAUGUGCCGUACUGCAAAAUUAAGCGGACAUGGCCAUAUAUUGGCGAAUUUAACGGUGGUGGGUGGGACAAUUACGUCGAACACCGCCCUCUGGUGGUCACGAUUAAAGGUGCCGGCUCAUAAACCCAGAAUAAUGCUUGUUUUUCAUUUUUAACAAGUGUUUGCAUGGCUUUACACGAUUUAAAAAAAUGUAAACGAAUUAACUGAGGAGGCA